ACCCACCCCAUCGGCCAUUGCCAUGGCGGUUGGAGGGUUACAUUUGUAAUUACGCUAUUACCCCUUGGUCAUCAACCGUGAACAACCAGAGCACCACCAACACAGCAGCAAUGAGCAGAAGCAGAUAUUUUGGGCUCUCGAACCCCUUCACCUCCAAUUCCACCACCACCAUGUUCUUCCAGAGGCUCUUUGCCAUGGCUAAUUACUCCUCUUCUUCCUCACCUAAAACCUCCAUUCAAGCUCUAUACGACACCUGUAAGAACAACUUAACGCCCUCAUCCUCACCGUCUCCUCAACUCAUCCACGAUCUCUCUUCUAAACUCGAUACGCUUGGUCCUGCUGAUGUUGGGCUGAGAGAGGAAAACCAAGAGGACGAUCGAGGUCAUGGUUUUUCUAUGCCUAAUAUUCCCAGUAGGAUAGACCGUUGGGCCCAACCGAUAACAUAUGUGGAACUAAGUGAAAGCGAUAGUUUUACUAUGUGUAUGUUUUGCUUCCCCACUUCCUCAGUUAUUCCGCUACACGAUCAUCCAGGAAUGACUGUUUUGAGCAAGGUCUUGUAUGGUUCCUUGCAUGUGAAAGGUUAUGAUUGGGUUGAACCACCUUGCAUCAAGAUUUCAAAGGGAAUUUCUCGAGCUCCAGUUAGGUUAGCAAAGCUGUCUGUGGACAAAGUUCUUUCUGCACCAUGUACUACUUCAGUUUUGUAUCCAAACACGGGAGGAAAUCUUCAUUGUUUUACUGCUGUCACCUCUUGUGCUGUUCUCGACAUUCUCACACCUCCAUACGAAGAAUCUGCCGGCAGAAAAUGUACUUAUUACCGUGAUUACCCCUACUCUAGCUUCCGAAACGGAGAUGAGCCUAUUGAUGGAAAAGAAGAUGAGUAUGCAUGGCUGGAAGAGAUAGAGACACCGGAUGAUCUCUAUAUGCGACAAGGCAUGUAUGCGGGCCCACCUAUUCAGAUCUAGAGUUCAUCAGUUACUGGUGGCUGGUUUGUGACCAUGUCGGUUUAGCUGAGUGGCUGCAUAGGUCAGAGACCAAGGUGGAGGCUUUUUAUUAACCAUGGUUUAUGGUGCAUAGUCUACAUGAGCCCAGUCAAGGGUGUGAAAAGUAGGAAGCGUGGUUACUAAAAGAAAAAAUUAUAAAUGUUUUGUAUUUACUAAGGCUUAAGUAGUAAUACUUGUUUUUUUAGUCAUUAUUAUUUCUUUUAACAGUGUAGAAAAAUAGUGUGACAUGCUGCUCGUUGUUCACUUGUUCAUACUUAUGUAGAACCCCCAGCGCCAGACUUUUCA